AUGGACAAGGUCGAUAGUUCGGAGAUCGACUUGAUAUGGAAGCAGGUGCAAGAGAGGGUGAUCAGACUUGCGGGCGAUGAUCCGACUAAGCUGCGCAAAAAUCUCAACGCUGAAGAUGUUUUGGCGCUCGUGGAUCGAGCGCAAGCGGCGCAAAAAGCCAAAUCAGAAAAGUACGGCUGGUUCAAGUCCGCUGUGGGCCGAACUUUGCAAUGCAUCCAGACGGUCGGAGGAAUUGUCGCGAACGCCGCGUCACAGGCCUUUGCGCCAGCCGAGAUGUGCUUCAACGCGCUGACCUUUGUCAUACAAGCAUGGCAAGGGUAUGAAGGGAUGUUUGAGAACUUGGGCGAGUUGCUGGAAAAAUGUGUUGAAUUUCUAGAACGACUCGACUACUACACGCCAAAAAUGGACGCUCGACUGUCUCGCCUCGCGUGCCAAAACCUACAACUGUUCGUUGAGCUCUGCGACCGUAUGAUCAAGCUUAGGAAGAAGCACACGCGCCUGCUUGCCUUCACCAAGCAGCUCUUUCUGAACGACAAUGGUAUCCAGGAACUUUUGGGCAUGAUGGACCGGCUCAACAACAAGGAGUCUCUCCUUGUCACCGCGCAAACAUACAAGAUUGUGAGCGACAGUGCGGAUGGGAUCAAGCUGAUUAUCAACGGCCAGCAGGAACAGAAGCGAGUGGAGGACUCGAAGAAAUGGCGCAAGGCUAUUGUGAAAGCUCUGGGAUUCGCUCCCGCAAACCUCAGGAGCGAUGGCGAGCCCGUCGCCGGCUGGGAGCGAUCGAUAAACCAGAUGAGGAACCGUAUCGUCGAAGGCACGGGGGAUUGGCUGGCCGAUUACGAAGGUUUCGUCUCUUGGGCACAAUCUCCGACUCCGGAGGAGAACGUGUUCAUAAUCCAUGGCAAGCCCGGUUCGGGGAAAUCAUCUCUGAUGGCCAACGUACUUCGGCUUGUGAGAAGGCGGGCCGCUCAUUCCGUUCCGGCAGCCUCUCGCGUGGUCUCUGCGUAUUUCUGCCCGGAGGUGGAUACUAAAAAGACUACGGAUCUUACUCAAGGUGUCGUGUUCGAAUCCGCCUCUCGGGCUCUGCUCUGGCAGCUUUGCACCUCAUAUGAAGCCAUCGCCAAGUCUACCGCCCACAUCAUUGAACGCCAGCAGCUUUUUGAUGGCAACAUGGAUCUAUGGAAGUCGCUCUUUUCAGAAAACCGCGAAUUGCAGAACCAAGACACCAUCUUUUUCUUGUUUCUCGACGGCAUCGACUCGGACUUCCGAGCUUUCAUCCCCUUGCUGAAAAUGUUAUCGUCCCGCCUGGAUCUAAUAUGCAGGGUCCGAAUCUGCGUCACAAUUCAAAAUGAAACUGCCAAGGAUUGGUUGAUUCCGUCGUACCAGAUCCCCUACCAUAAAUUGCAUAUCUCAAGUGAAAACCUGAGUGAUGUCAAGGCCUGUAUCCUAUCUCAGUUGGACUCUAUGCCAAUUUUCAAGGAUGCUGACAGGCCCGGAAUUCAGCAAUGGCGCGAUCGCAUCCUCGACACGUUGGUUAAGAAAUGCGAAGGUGAUUAUUUCCGCAUAAAUAACAUUUUGAAAAGUCUCUCCGUUGUCGAUCUGAUCUCCGACAUUGAGACUAUCCUAGCUGAUGCCGGGAAAACGAGGGCGGAUCAGAUCGAUGCAGAACUCCAGCAUCUCAACGAACAACGCACUCCGACGGAGAUUGAUGAAAUCAAUACCAUCAUCCGCUGGGUUACACAUGGCGCUGGGUACCCUGCCAUUGACACAUUGCAAAGUCUUUUAUCCCUCAGGUCACGCAGGCAAAAUGCGACAGCCGGGCCGAGCACGACAACCGAUUCCGAGUCUGGACCAUCGGAACAAGAACCAAAUAAGAAAGCGGGCCCCGGCCAACCCCUUUCGCCGCUUUCACUCCUUCCGUUCAGGCAGAAAAUUGAGGAAAAGUACCCAAUUUUUGUCGUCCGCGACUCUGGGCAUGUGGACUGGAGAACCCCCGAGAUCCAAGACCGUAUCCCCGCGAAGGCCCCGCUGACGGCGCUCUCGAGGACGACGUGCCUUGUCCCCCAGAUCGUCCGCGAGUCUGAGGUCACGGUCGACUCCUCAUCCAACAAAACGGAGGUCGUACUGGGCUAUAUCGCCAAGCGCAUGGCGCACCAUCUUUUCAAUGGGAAGAUGACUGGGCUUCAUGAAAGAGCCCCCGAGCGCUCUGCUGCAAUGGCCGUCCUCCGCGGAUACCUCGUCAGGCUGGACCCGACUGGGCCGAACGAGGCGCCGGCGAAACUCCUCCAGCACACGUAUGAGAAUUUCUGGCAAUCGGAUGACGCGAGGGAGUAUUUUGAGCGUUAUAGAUGCUCUUUGGAUACCCUGGCCUCGAUCGAGCGUUGGGCUACUGGAAGUUUGGGUCGAGGCGACAGCUCGACCUCGAUCUGGGAGAUGAACAUGGCUCUCAAUUACGAGCUAUUUAUCGAAUUUUCGUGGUUUUCCCGUUCGAAGCCAAGCACGGCCAGAGCGAAGCGCGCGCUGGACUUGGACCCAUCCAACUGGGACGCGCUCCUGUUCCUCGCCACCGAUCCCGAAUACCACGCGAUCCCUCCUCGGGAGACUUUCGACCUCCUACAGAAAGCAAAGGCUCAGAUGGAUAAUCUUCGGUCCAGCGACUCGUCGUGGCUCAGCGAACCCGGGAAGCGGACAGUGCUCGCUAGUAUCAUGCUAGAAUUUGGAAUGGCCCUCUGGCGACAGACGCUGUUUCGCCGUCGCCCCAAGGGCGAAAAGCCGGCGCAGGACGAGCUUGAAGAGGCGGCCAUCAUACACCGCCAAAGUCUAGAGUUUGGGGAUCCCAAAUUCCACAUCAUGAAAAGGCUUUUUCGAGAGUAUGAACGUGAGGGGUGCCGGGGACUGUGGCUACAAUUCAUCUCUACUCUCACUGACUAUUCCGCGCGGUGGUCGCCGUCAAUCUCGAAUCUCAGCAAAGAGGUACUCGUCUGCCAUUAUCAGCGUCGAGAGUGGCCGGAAGAGAACCGGUUUGCCAAAGCUGCCGACUCAACCAAUCAAUGGGGCACUGUCGACGCUUUCUUCUCUGCCUGCCUCGCAGCGUCUGAGUCGCACGGGGACGCGCGACUGCAGUUUGAGAUCCGUGCCCACUAUGCGUUCACGCUCUUCAUCUCCUCGCAACCCCAGAAGCACUCGAGAGGCCUUGGUAUGCUUCAAGAGUUAUUGGAUCCGGCUAAUGUCAACCAGGUAGAUGACUUGGAUAACCAUCUGAUGCUUGACAUUCAAAUGACCCUUGCCAUCUACUACCUUCGGGAGGCUCUGGCGGAAAAUCAGAAAGAAACCACGCGGUUGGAGCUUGGAGAGAAGCUCGCCUCAUUCCUAGCCCAGUCGCGCGUCCACCACAUCAUGAUGAACGCCUUGGAGCUCCUCUCCGACGAUAUCGAAGAGAACGACCUAUAUGCCUUUAGGCUGCUUCAAGACAUUCUCUCCUCCCUAGGCGACGAAGAAAAUCUUCGAGUGGCCUGGUUUAUGUGGGCGGCUUCAAUAUGGGACUCGAAACGCGAUGAGGAAAGAAAAUUUGAGUGGAAGGUGGCGUUGAGGGAAAAGUAUAUGAAGGGUUACGUGCCGGAGGAGAUUGAGGACGAUAUGUAG